AUGCACUCUGACUGCGGAACGACAUUCAUCGGAGCUGACAAGGAAUUAAAAAAACUUUUCAUCCAACACACGAAGGAACUCCACCACAUUACAACCACACUCACGAAUGACCACGCGCAGUGGGAAUUUAACCCACCUGCAACACCCCACAUGGGAGGAAAAUGGGAAGCAACAGUGAAGUCAAUCAAGUUCCAUAUCAGUCGAACAACAAGAGAAGCAUCAUUCACCAUUGAAGAAAUCAACACAUUACUAACCCAGAUAGAGGCCAUUCUAAACUCACGUCCAAUACACUCAUUGACGGACGACCCCAAUGACUGCUCUGCACUUACUCCAGGUCAUUUCCUCAUAGGAGAACCCCUCAACACAAUUCCUAACCCAUCCACAAGUGAUCAUAAAGCGUCAAUAAUGUCAAGGUGGCAAUUCUUACAACAACGAGUUCAACGAUUUUGGAAGCAAUGGAAAAAACAUUACCUACAGCAAUUCCUCUCAACCUCUAAGUGGCAUCACCCAAGCAACACGAUCAAGGUUGGAUCACUAGUUCUCAUCACAGAUCAACGCCAACCACAAUACAAGUGGCCGUUUAUGGCUCAAUCUAGAGUCAUAAAACUGCACCCUGGAAAGGGUGGACUAACUAGAGUAGUGACACUAAAAUCACUUCUUCAAUAA